AUGAAGCAGGCCACUUUCACCAUCCUGGCAACCGCUGCUUUGGUCAGCGCACAAGCCCAACCAUGGGCCCAAUGCGGAGGAUCCGGCUGGACAGGUCCCACCGGCUGCGUCUCAGGCUGGAGCUGCGUCUACUCCAACGAAUGGUACUCCCAGUGCAUCCAGUCCUCCGGCGGAACCACUGCCUCCAUCACCACCAAGACUACCACAAAGGUGGCCACAACCACAAAGACUACCACAAAGGCCACAACGACUACCGCUGGUGGAUCGGGCGGUGGUGGUACCGGAUUGACCACCGUUGUCCCCGCCUCGGCUGGAUCCACGACUCUUCCAUCUGCUAAAGUUAUCUCUGGCGUUUGGGACGGUGGGAUGCUGAAGUAUGACCGUAAUCCUAAGGUCUGCGCUGAUCAGAAGGAAACUGGGGAGGCGGAUGCUAUGUUCAUCCUCGAAUCCGGAGCUACUAUUCGAAAUGUUAUUAUCGGACCUGAUCAGGCCGAAGGUAUCCACUGCCGUGGACCUUGUACCGUUGAGAAUGUUUGGUGGUUGGACGUUUGUGAGGAUGCUAUCACAAUCAAACAAUCCUCCGGAAACUCCUACAUCACCGGCGGCGGCGCCUUCAAAGCCUCCGACAAAGUCGCCCAAUUCAACGGCCGCGGAACCCUCACAAUCAAAAACUUCUACGUAAAUGACUACGGCAAAGUCGUCCGUUCCUGCGGAAACUGCUCUGGAAACGGUGGCCCCCGUAACAUCGUCAUCGAUAAUAUCAUCGCCAAGAGCGGUGGUGUUCUCUGCGGUAUCAAUACCAACUACGGCGAUACUUGCAAGAUCUCCAACUCCUGCCAGAACAGCGGCAAGUACUGCGAUAGAUAUACUGGUAAUUCCAGCGGUGCCGAGCCAAGUAAGAUUGGAUCGGGUCCUGAUGGAACUUAUUGUACUACUACGAAUGUUAGGACUUCUUGUUAA